CCACCUAUUACAGCACAGUGUGGAGGUCGUGGAUUGGAGGGUAUCAGGACACGCCUUCAGACGGGCGGAAGUGUUGUGCUGGGAAGGAAUAUAGCAUUAAUGAGGAUGCUUGAGAGCCUAGAUUCUCCCGAGGCGGUAUCCAGUAUGGACAUGUGGGCGGAGAUCUGUCCCUGUACUCCAGACGUCCAGGAAGUGAACCUAUCGGGCACCUUUUCAGACUCCUUCCUGGGUCCUCUUCCCAGUGACAUUCCUCCGAAUGCUGACUCCUCUUACUCCCCAAAACCCUGGGCUCCAUUACAAGAUUCUGAAAUGUACUUGGCAACUUUAGAACGCAGGUUGCAGAAAAUUAAAGGUCAGACUUCUGAAGUGACAUCCAAGGACAUGUUACUAUCGCUAGGGAAAGCAAAAAAGGAAUGCUGGGACAGAUUUUUACAGGAAUCCUCAGAAACCGAAGCCUAUAUUGAAGCAAGUGACGUGGACAAUAGCAAGCUAGAACAUUUGAAGAGGUGGCUGCAGCCAGAGAAAGUGGCGAUAAAUGCAGAGGAGGUGCAGUGUCUAAUACCUGGCGAAUCUCCGUUGAUAAAUGGCGAAAAUGAGCAGGACUCUUCUUCUGUUGAACAGUGAGAUCCUCUGUGCUGCUGGUACCCAGCUACGUGUCUUACGUUCCAUAUAGCUGAGUAGUUGGUAAAGGGACUGUAUAUACUUACACAUAAAACUUUCAGCUCAGACAACGUAAUCAACAAAAAAUGUAACGCUAUAUAAUUCAAUGUAAUAAAGUCUUGGCUAUAUUUGUA